AUGACACAGCCGCAGUCGCCCCCCUCUGCGGCCGAGUACCUGCAAGACCCCCGCUUCCAGCAGACGUUCGUGCUGCCCCCAGAUGCCGACCACCACGAGCCCUUCACCAUCACCUACAGCGACUUUGGGUUCCGCCAUCCGGACGGUCCACAGCACGACAACGUCGUGCUCUUCUGCGCCCCGCUCUUCGCCAGCCGCUACCUCCACAUCACCAAGGACAAGCUUGCCAAGAAGCAUCGAGUCCGCUUCGUCAAUGUCGACCGCCCGGGUUUCGGAGGCACAACGCCAGUCGCCAAUGCUGAAGACCGCGUCACGGCCUGGCUGAGGAUUGUGCCCGCCCUCCUCGAGCACUUGGGCAUCCGCCAUGUCGCCAUCGUCUCUCAAAGCGCCGGCACAAUCUAUGCCCUCAACACUCUGCUCUAUCUCCCUCAUCUUCUGCACCCAACGCGGCCCUAUGCUGCCCUUUGCGUCCCCUGGGUUCAUCCUCUGCACUCCGGCUCGCCCAUGAUGGGAGCUGUGCACAUGUUGCCCGCUGCAGCUGUAGGCACGGUCGACACCCUCGCCGGCUUCUUCAACAGCACUCUCCGGCCAGUCACGGGCUUCAGUGGCGGCAUUCUCUCUGCCUUGACGGGCUCGCUCGGCCUGGCCAAAACCCCGGUCUUAGUGGACGGUGCAGACCCCGACGACGCGGCAUUCGAGGACGCCGUCAUGCCAGAGGUUGCCGACUUCGCUUUCCGUCAAGGAUGUAAAGGCAUGGGCCAGGAGGCUCUGAUGCUUCUGAAGCGGGCCGGCCCCAAGGAGGUUUGGGGCUCGUGGGUGGACGUGGACACGUAUGUGCCGCUUCUGGCCGCGCAGGUACAAAACACCGCAACGCCAGGCACAGCGACAGCGGAAUCUGACAGUCCUUCCGAGGAGCAUUCCCUCAAAGUCGACGUGUUCUUCUCAGAGGCCGAUAACAUGAUUGGGACGACUGCCGGACCGAAGUGGUUCGACGACUGCUGGCGAGAGCAACAGCGUGGCAAAGCAAUCGAAUACAACUCGACCGUAGUGCCGCACACGGAUCAUGACAGGAUACUCGACUUGCGAUUCGGAAUUGUUGAAAAAAUCUUCAACACUGUCAACCGCAGAGCGACCGGCUCGGGUCAGUAA